AUGACGAACGACUUUAGUUCGCUUGGUAGUCAAGCUUCCUGUGUUUCCUUGUAUAAUACCGGUCUGGGCGCGUGUUCUUCUUAUGCUUCCCCGCAAGGAUCCAAGACUACAUGGACACUGAGGGUCUCGUUUCCGAAAUACAUUAUUGCAUUAUUCACGAUACUGGGGUCUCUCUUAUUCUCAAUUUUUGGUGGUGUUGGCAUAGCCGUCUUGCCACUUUCAUCUAUUCUUUCCUUUCUAAGGCGUCCAAGAGCCACAAUAACCCGUUCGGAAUACAUUAAGGAAGCCACAGCAAUUGGGAAAAAGGCCAAGGAGAUACAUGAACUUGCUGUUACUCUUCACCAAGAGGAAAGAAGUGGCGGUAAAACUUGGGCAUGGAGGCGAAAUGCAAAGAAGUUGCAGCAGGCGCUUUUUCAUUUGGAAGAGGAUGAAGCUGAGCUUCGAGAAAGAUUUCCCCAAGGAGAGGAAGCAGAGAUGUUCUGGGCUAUGACAGUACUUGUUUACAUUGGGAAAUUGAUAUUUGGAGUCAUUGGGCUUGCCAUUUCUGUUGCUUGGAUCGUGCAUAUUAUCUUAUAUAUGCUCAUACAGCCGCCUGCAGCGGCUUUCCUGAACGAUUUUUUCAUAACCCUCGACCGGUGGUGGGGCCUGCUUGGAACAGGAGCAUUUUCGAUUUUUUGCUUUUACCUCUUCCUGGCUGUUAUAUCGGGGGAGAUGUACCUUGUUCGUUCUUAUUUAACGUGGCCCUCAUACUUUGUUGUGCAACGAGUGCAAUACAAUUUUGUGCAAAAGCCUUUGCUGCAUAUGCACAAGAAACAGCGGUGCAGGAGAUAUUUGGUCAUACGCUAG